AUGGCUUAUCAGCCCGCGGAUAUGUUAAUGGCGGCCGUGUUUGCCCCCAUCUGCCCUCCACCAUCGGCCAACACAACCACCACCACCGUCUUCUUUUCGAGAUAUAUUACACCCUCAACGAAGCCGGAGGUGGUGGUUGGUGGUGUAGGUGGUUGUAGGCGAGCAAGGUGCAGCAGCCCUCUCGAUCGGCCGUUGAACGUUUGCAUGCACGUGCAAUUAAGAAUGGUCGAGGCCAGUAACGAGAAUGAAAGGCAGAUAGUAGGCGGCCGAACGAGCGUUCGAGCGAGUUUAAUAGUUCACGUCGUGGGACAUUUGACUGAAAUUGGUAGGAAGGAAGUAAAGGUGUUGUUUGCAUUUGUUUCAGGGGAGGAUGAGGAAUGGAGCGACUCGGAGAAGACACCGUCGGUGAGCAGCGGAGUGGAGGGCGGUGGAUCGGCCGUUUCCAGCCCGAUCGCGCCGGUCGUCGAAGAAGAAUCGAGUUUGCCGCCACCACCGAGACUGAAUCCCCCUUCCUCGUCCGUUGCGAUCGCGAAUUCGGCCGCUGAGGAUAUCCGAUUGAGGCUCAGCGUGCUCUCCGAAGACGCUCGGAAACGACUGGCCAGUCUUACCGAAGAUAUCGAGGUUGCAAGAAGCUUGAGAGAUCGACAUGUCACCCCGAGAGCCACCAAUCAAACGCGAGAAUCCAGCCCGAAGGACACGGACGAAGAGUCGAGCCUGGUUAUGGUCAAAGAAGAGGACUGCCAACCGAGAUCGUCGUCCUCAUCGUCGUCCUCGACCAGAAGACGAGAAUCCAUGUGUAGAAGAGACUCGGAGGACUCGUCGAGGCGAUCGAACACGGAUGACCCGCCGUCCGAGAAGAAGCUGAAACUCGACGACGAAGCUGCACCAAGACUGAGACUCAAUCCUAGUCUGGCGACGGAUCCUGCUCUUCGACCCGCCGCCGUAGUCGCGCUCACCGUCAAACCGGAGAAUACCUCGCCACCGAAUCCUGUGCCACCUCUUCCGGCUGGACUUCAGAAUGCGAUCGCCUCGGGUCGUCUAUUCGUACUUCCAACCGAUGGAAAGGAGACGAUCACCGUGGAACCAGCCAGGCCGGCGCCUCUCAUCUGUCCCCCAUGCGGCAUCCGUUUUAGCUCAGCGAGCACCCUCGAGGCGCAUCGUACAUUUUACUGCGCUCAUCGUCCCCGGCUGGAGGAAGACGCCACCAACGAGGAAGACGAGGAGAAAUCCAACAAAUUCGAAGUGAGGAAAGCGUACGCCUGCCCUCACUGCUCGUACAGCGCGGACAAGAAGGUCUCGUUGAACAGACACAUGAGGAUGCACGCUGCAUCUCCUGCGCCGCCCACGAUACCCACUGCACCGACCACGGCCACCACUCCGGGAAGUGGCGCGGCAACUGCCUCGAACGGCUCGUUGAACGAAGAGGCGGAGAGAUAUUGCAGGAACUGCGACAUUCGAUUCAGCUCCCUGAAGACAUACAGAGCGCACAAGACGCAUUACUGCAGCACCAGGCACGUAGUUAAAGACACACCGCCGGCGGCUACGGUAGCUUCUUCGUCGGUGAAAGCUUCGCCACCAACGAGCGCGAGUCCCGGUGAAUCGCCGCCUCCGCAGCCUUGUCUGGCGCUGCCCACGAACCCUAUUUUGAUCGUACCAUACUCUCUGUUCCGGGGUGCUAGCGUCCUGGCGGCACCCACUUUGCCCGCGCCUGAUACUGCGUGCUUCCUUCUUCCGAACGGUCAUCUUCAACCGAUGACAAGAGGCCUGGCUACCACGGCGCAGAACGCCGUGGUCGAGCCUUCGCCGGUUCUCCGAGCAGCGAACAAACCAACGACGCCGGCAUCUGUCGUCGCAUCGUCCACGUCGCCAUCAGGCUCAGCGCCACUCGAUCUGAGCGUUCGAAAAUCACCGGCUCAUCAGGACGAGAAAGAGAACAGGGUGUCGCCGGCACCGUCUUCUCUGCCUCCUCCACCUGGCAGUCCAAGGUCCAGAGGAAGCGGAAGUCCUAGAGCAAGAUCGAUCGGCUCUACUCCUACGGCAGCUGGGACUGUUGCACCUCCUCCUCCACCGACGGAACUCGCUCUCAGACUGGCUGAGCUUCCGCCACCGCCUGUUCCUGGUGUUCUCGUGAAGCACGGUGUCUCGAGAUGCAAAGAGUGUAACAUCGUAUUCUGCCGGCAUGAAAAUUACGUGGUGCAUAAAAAGCAUUAUUGCCAGGCGAGAGAAACUACGGUCAGCAAUAGUUCGCCGCCACCCGGUACACCCUCACCACCCCUGGUGCAGUUAAUCUGCGCCGCGUGUGGCAUCAAGUUCGCAUCUAUGGAUAAUCUAGUAGCUCAUCAAGCGUUUUACUGUCCCAAAAGGCCGGAACCUCAGGAACAUCAUUCGCGUUGCUCCAAAUGCAAAGCUAUAAUUGAACCUGGAGGCACUCAUACUUGUAGCAGCGGCCCGACCGGCGGUUGGAGAUGUCCCGUUUGCGGUGCGGUUAGUCCAACAGCCGGAGCAGCUCAACGUCACAUGGAUGCUCAUCAGGGUGUGAAAGCUUUCAGGUGCACGAUCUGUCGUUACAAAGGAAACACGUUGCGAGGGAUGAGAACUCACAUCAAAAUGCACUUCGAGAAACGCGGGACUGAUCUACAGGAGGAGAACUACAUAACGUGCGUACUCGAUGACGAAACAGUCCUGCCGACACCGGAGCCAGCUCCAGCUACGACGCCCGAGGAAAUCCCUGGCGAGGUGCAGGUAAAUGGAAAGACCGAAGUUCGAAAGAGUCCUCAGCCACCUCCGCCGCCACCGCCGCCACCACCGCCGCCGCCGCCGACGACGACGACGACGACGACGAUGACGACGACGGUGACCAACAAAGUGAAACAAGAACGCGAAGACACGCCACCUCCUGAAGAGAGCUCAGACCCAAACAAGAGUGGCCCGCGUUACUGCAGGUCGUGCGACAUCAGCUUCAAUUACUUGAGCACGUUCAUCGCCCACAAGAAGUUCUACUGCUCCAGCCAUGCCGGCGAGGCGAGCAACAACAACAACAACAAUAACAAUAAUAAUUCGAGCAGUCACGCAACGACGCCUCCAAGCAGCAGGACCGAGGCGUCAGUACUUUAA